ACAAAAGCAAAACAAGCGUCCAUUUUCUAUUUAAGUCGCUAAUCAAUCUUACUUGACGUUUUGUUGUUGCAUGUUAGACCAUACGUUAUGUGGAAUUUAAAUCGUUAUUCUAAUUAUAUAUGUAUAGUAACGAUUGUAACAUUGCAUUUGUAACUAAAAAAUAAUAAUAUCUGCAAAAUGCAUCUCUCUUGACAUCGAAUGGAUGAAAUCACACGAUAUUAUUUCAUGAUAUAUUCCUUCUAAUAUGACAAGGUCUGUUACUAAACAUUGGUAACAGAAGCUUACCAUUAUUCAAUUAACAUUUAGUUAGCUGCUGGCUACAUUACAUCGAUGGUGUUUAGUGUUCCCCCAUUUUUGUAAAUUCGUGUUGAAAUGGUUCGAGCCAAUACAUUGAUGGCGGGACAAGAGGGAGUGAAGACUCCACAUCGCAUUGAAUUAUGCGAGGAGCAGCCUGUCAGACCUACGCGCAACUAUAGAAAGCGCAGGAUUAUAGCUGCAACGCAACCGAAGACUGAAAAUGUUUUGAAGACAGAACCGCCAUCAAAGAAGAUUGAACUAAGAUCUAAACCACUGAAGACUAGUAACGGUAUCGAUAAUAUGACUAACGGUCACAUAGUCCGCUCGAGAGCGGCGCGCGCCGCCGCCAGAGCCAACGAGAGUCACAAACUGACCGAAUAUUUCAAAGAAGAACUCAAGAGUCCUAAAAUCGAAAGACCUUCCACUCCGCCUCAUUUGGACAAGACUGUGAAUGUAGAAACCAAAGUUGCAAAUGGUAACACUAACCAUAAGCUGACUGAAUAUUUCCCGGUGAGGCGCAGUGUUAGGAAGACGUCGAAAUGUGUUAUGGCGGAGAAAAUGCGAGAUUUGGAGAGAGCUGUAAGAGAACAAAGAGAAGAUGGACUUCAAGUGGCGUACUUCGAAGAAAAGGGCCGCGGUAUCAUCGCUACUCGUCCAUUUGGACGUGGUCAAUUCGUGGUAGAGUACGCAGGAGAACUGGUUGGUGUGGCGGAAGCGCGUCACCGGGAACGCUUGUACGCUCAAGAUCCAAACGCCGGCUGCUACAUGUAUUACUUCCGACAUGGAGACCAGCAGUAUUGUAUUGAUGCGACAGCCGAGUCCGGGCGGCUGGGUCGCCUGGUGAACCAUUCGCGUAACGGCAACCUGACCACCAAAGCGGUGUGGGUGGACGGGCCGCGGUUAGUGUUGCUCGCCGCGCAUGACAUCGCGCCCGGCGAGGAGCUCACAUACGAUUACGGUGACCGUUCCAAGGAGUCCCUGCAACACCACCCGUGGCUUGCGCUCUGACCUGGGUAUGCAUCCAAAAAUGUCAGUUGGACUAGUAAGCAUUAUUUAUUAAUUUAGAUUAAGUUAUGAAGUUUGUUGUCAAAGUUGUUUUUAAGGACUAAUGUGUAUUGUAUUGUUAAGUAGUGAGACAAGUGGCCUAACUCUAGUUUUGAUAUGAGGACUGCGUGGAUGAUAAUGGAAACACUGCCUUAUGCCGUUCUUAAUGAAAGACAUUAUCAGAAUGUGUAGUGUUUAUUGAGUAAUGGAGUUUGGUGACACUUCUAUAUCAAAGUUGAAUGAACUGUUAUGUGAACCAAGAGGCCUUUUAAGAAGAGCUAUUAAAGCUCCUGUAUCUAUGAAGGGCGGUAUCUGUGUCGUAUACGGUAAUAAAAGUGUAACUUGACAUUUGUGAUAACUUAAAUAGGGCAUUUUAUGACAAGGAAGGAUUUGUAUUUCUUUCAAUUUGUAUCCAACUGAUGUGUUGUAUAAACACUUGAUUUAGGUACUUUGAUAAAUUAGUAGAUCACUGACGACAUGCCGAUACUUGACAACUUUAACACCCGAGAAAACACUGUCAGGGUAUGUUUAUUAUGAAGGGAUGAGUUUUUAAUAUUGUAAAUAGCAUAUUGAACUCUAUCGACAAUGUUGAAGAUAAAUAUUGAUUUGUAUACAUUAUACGAAGAAAUUUG